AUGUCUGGGUUCCUCGAAAACGCCUACAGCCUGGUGCACCAGGACAAUGCCUCGGACGUGCCCUCCCUCUCCGACCUGCGCAUGCAGCUGGAAAAGGGCACCGACGAGAGCAAGGUCGACACCAUGAAGCGUAUCCUGACCGUCAUGCUCAACGGAGACCCGAUGCCGUCGCUGCUCAUGCACAUUAUCCGAUUCGUCAUGCCCUCCAAGUACAAGCCGCUCAAGAAGCUCCUCUACUUCUACUACGAGAUAUGCCCCAAGCUUGACUCUGCUGGAAAGCUGAAGCAGGAGAUGAUUCUAGUCUGCAAUGGCAUCCGAAACGAUCUGCAGCACCCCAACGAAUACAUCCGUGGCAACACCCUGCGAUUCCUUUGCAAGCUCAGAGAAGCAGAGCUCAUUGAGCCUCUCCUUUCUUCAGCGCGAUCUUGCCUUGAGCACCGACACGCCUACGUCAGGAAGAACGCAGUCUUUGCAGUCGCCUCCAUCUUCCAACACUCACCAUCUCUUAUUCCCGACGCCGCGGAGCUGAUCGCAACCUUCCUGGAGAGCGAGACCGAUGCCACAUGCAAGAGGAAUGCUUUCGCAGCGCUCGCCAGCAUCAAUCACGAUGCCGCCCUUUUAUAUCUCAGCUCCGUCUUUGACGGAAUUCCCAACGCCGAAGAACUGCUGCAAUUGGUCGAACUGGAGUUUAUCCGCAAGGACGCUGUGCAAAACUCCCAGAACAAGGCUCGAUAUCUGCGAUUAAUCUUUGACCUCUUGGAAGCCGGCGCAUCCACUGUCGUCUACGAGGCGGCGUCAUCGCUGACAGCCUUGACCAACAACCCCGUCGCUGUCAAGGCCGCGGCAUCCAAGUUUAUCGAGCUGAGCAUCAAGGAGGCCGACAACAACGUCAAGCUCAUUGUCCUUGACCGGGUCGACCAGCUGCGCCAGAAGAAUGAGGGUGUCCUAGACGACCUCGUCAUGGAGAUCCUGCGAGUUCUCAGCAGCACAGACAUUGACGUCCGCAAAAAGGCCCUGGAGCUGGCCCUGGCCAUGGUCUCCAGCAAGAAUGUCGAGGAAGUGGUCCUGCUGUUGAAGAAGGAAUUGUCCAAGACGGUUGACCAAGAGUACGAGAAGAAUACCGAGUACCGAUCCCUCCUAAUCCACUCCAUCCACCAAUGCGCCAUCAAGUUCUCAGAAGUUGCCGCCAGCGUUGUGGAGCUUCUCAUGGACUUUAUCGCCGAUUUCACAAACACAUCUGCUGUUGAUGUCAUCAACUUCGUCAAGGAGGUCGUCGAGAAGUUCCCUGAGCUCCGAACCACCAUUGUGCGCCGUCUUGUAUCAACCCUUAGCGAGGUGCGAGCUGGCAAGGUCUAUCGUGGUAUCCUGUGGAUCAUUGGAGAGUACUCCCUGGAGGAAAAGGACAUUCGAGAUGCUUGGAAGGGUAUCCGAGCCAGCUUGGGAGAGAUCCCCAUUGUGGCUUCAGAGCAGAGGCUGUUGGAAGAGCAGGAUGGUGACGAGAAGAAGGACGACCAGAUCAACGGCAGCUCGAAGCCCUCUGCGCCAACCGGCUCCCGCAAGGUGCUGGCCGACGGUACGUAUGCGACCGAGACUGCGCUCACCAGCCAGUCGUCCGCCGCCGCCAAGCUGGAGGCUGUCAAGGCCGCUCAGAAGCCACCCUUGAGACAGCUCAUCCUCGAUGGAGACUACUACCUGUCAACGGUUCUGUCUUCAACGCUGGUGAAGCUGGUCAUGCGCCACUCAGAAAUCUCAGCCGAACAGGCGCGAACCAAUGCCCUCAAGGCCGAGGCCAUGCUCAUCAUGAUCUCCAUCAUUCGUGUCGGCCAGUCUCAGUUUGUCAAGGCGCCCAUUGAUGAGGAUUCCGUAGACCGAAUCAUGGCCUGCGUGCGCUCCCUUGCCGAGUUCAAGGAGAAGAAGGAGCUGGAAGCAGUGUGGCUUGACGAUACCCGCAAGGCAUUCCGGGCCAUGGUUCAGGUCGAGGAGACCAAGCGUGCCGCCAAGGAGGCCCGUGAGAAGGCCAAGACUGCCAUUCAGGUCGACGAUGUGAUUCCCAUUCGUCAGUUGUCCAAGAAGAACGCCGGUGACGGCUUGGAUGAAAUCGAGAUGGACUUGGAGAGGGCAACUGGCGGCGAGGGCGGCGCUGAGGACCUCACAUCCAAGCUCAGCCGCGUUGUCCAGUUGACUGGUUUCUCCGAUCCCGUGUAUGCCGAGGCAUAUGUCAAGGUGCACCAGUUCGACAUCAUCCUGGACGUUCUGCUGGUGAACCAGACCACCGACACUCUUCAGAACCUGUCGGUUGAGUUUGCAACCCUGGGCGACCUCAAGGUUGUUGAGCGACCAACCACGCAGAACCUGGGCCCCCACGACUUCCACAACGUCCAGUGCACCAUCAAGGUCUCGUCAACAGACACGGGCGUCAUCUUUGGCAACGUGGUGUACGACGGCGCGCACUCAACCGACACCAACGUUGUCAUCCUGAACGACCUACACGUCGACAUCAUGGACUACAUCCAGCCCGCUACCUGCACCGAGACGCAGUUCCGCACCAUGUGGACAGAAUUCGAGUGGGAGAACAAGGUCAACAUCAACUCCAAGGCCAAGUCACUACGCGAGUUCCUGGAUCAGCUCAUGGCCUGCACGAACAUGAACUGCCUGACGCCCGAGGCCAGUCUCAAGGGAGACUGCCAGUUCUUGAGCGCAAACUUGUACGCUCGCAGUGUAUUUGGCGAGGAUGCGCUGGCCAACUUGAGCAUCGAAAAGGAGGGAGAGGACGGUCCCAUCACAGGCUUCGUGCGCAUAAGGAGUAGAUCACAAGGCCUGGCCCUCAGCUUAGGCUCACUAAAGGGUCUGAAUAAGAUUGGCUCAACGGCUUAG